GAAAACCUUAAAUAUUUGAGGUAAAAAGAUUCACCAGUGUGCAGUUGAAACUCGGAACCCUAGAUGUAAACGUAGCUAUAACAAUAGAAAAACAAAUUUUCUAAUUUCAAGCUCAGAGAAAACCCAUCUCUCGCGAGCGUGUACACGUGAAGUGCACGUGUACAUCGGUCAAAUCGUUUCCGGUAAAAAUAAAUCGAAUAUUGACAUAUUCGCUUGCUAAGUAAGAUAAAUGCUCGGUUUAUCGAUGAAAAGAAAAUAGUUUCAGAGGACAUUGUUUCACGCUCAGCCUUCGGGGUACUGUUGAAAUGUCGAAAACUGAUAAAACCACUCGCAAAAGAAAUGUAAAUAUUGCAACUAAACCUCAUGAUGUGACGACGACCACCAACAAUGUACAAGCACAAAAAGCUGACUACGAUAAAAGAAUCCAUUCUAUGACGGAGUCCUUACUGAGUUUCAGCAGUGGAUUUCAAAACUAUAGAGGCCUUUUGAAUAAUUGUAUCGUUCUAUUGGUGUUAUCAAGUUUCCGAUUGGCUUUGGAUAAUUUAUUAAAAUAUGGAAUACUCUUUGAUCCAAUGCCUGGCAUAGUAAUCUUUCUCGCUCACCCACAAAAGUGGCCCUCGGCUUGCUUAGUUUUGGCAUCAAACAUUAACAUCCAAGUAAUGUUCCUUGUGGAGAAAUUAAUGUCAAAGGGUAAACUUACGUAUCUUGGAAGCAUCAUUCACACAGCGAAUCUUGCUUGUUUAUUGAUCGUACCAGCUACUAUUGUCCUGUUAUUUCAACCUCCGCCAUGGUACUCCAGUAUCGCGCUAAUCUGGUACACAAUUCUAUGGUUAAAAUACAUUUCAUAUAUAUCUGUGAAUAAAUGGUUAAGAGAAGGGAGUAUGACAAAUCCGCCGCCAUUGCGUUCUUCGGUUGAGGAUAGUCCAACUGAAGAAAAGGCAAAGAAUGGAAGGACGCACACGUUAAAUCUUGUUAAGUAUCCUGAAAAUUUAACUCAAAAAGAUUUGUAUUAUUUUUUGGCCGCUCCUACGCUGUGCUACGAAUUAAACUUUCCAAGAACCAAAAGAAUACGAAUACGUUUUCUUUUGCGAAGAACAGCAGAAUUUCUGUUCCUCAUCGGAGUUAUUUUGGCAAUUAUUCAACAGUGGAUGAUUCCAACGAUCACCAACUCUUUGAAACCAUUUCGAGAAAUGGAUUAUCCACGAGUAGUUGAACGUAUAAUGAAAUUAGCGGUUCCCAACCACAUGAUGUGGCUUAUAUUCUUUUACUGUUUCUUUCAUUCAUUUCUGAAUAUUCUCGCUGAAAUUUUGAAAUUUGGCGACAGAACAUUUUAUAAAGAUUGGUGGAACGCCAGUACGAUUCAACAAUUUUGGAAAACGUGGAACAUCCCGGUACAUCGAUGGGCACAACGGCAUUUUUACUUCCCGUUAAGACGACGUGGUUAUAACCCACUGACCUCAAGUGUUCUCGUGUUUUUACUAUCCGCGUUUUUCCACGAGUUCCUGGUUAGUAUUCCUUUACAGAUGUUCAGACCGUGGGCAUUCAUUGGUAUUACUGCUCAGAUACCAUUGGCAACCUUAACUGGUCUGCUACCAAAGAACACUGUAUAUGGUAAUUUUGUUGUGUGGCUAUCCCUCAUUAUGGGCCAACCAAUCGCAUUCAUGAUGUACGGACAUGAUUAUUACGUCAUUAAUUCAAGUCCUCAUUAGUCAGUGCCUCGGAGUUCAGAUCUGCUCAAGUUGUGUUCAAGAAAAUAUACAAAAGUUGGUUAUUGUGAAGCUGAAAGGUGUAACAAUAUUCACACUUUAAGAAGAUUAUGCACCUAGGGAUGUUACAAAAUAAUUUUUAUUGUAAUUUAUACAAACAAGAUCAUAUGUGUCUAUAGCAUGAGUGAAUUUAAAAUUAUGGUGUGAAAUAAAGAUAAAGAAAAUUUUUA